CUCCUCGGCGGCAGCACGGUGGCAGCAAGGCUGGGGCGCUGGCGCUGUGCCAGCUCCAUCAGAAUUAGCUCAUUGUUCACUAGUACACUAGCAGAAGAGAGGGGAGGGGUGGCGGGGAGAGAGAGAGAGGAGAAAGAGGAGAGAGAGAGAGAGAGAGAGAGAGAGAGAGAGAGAGAGAGAGAGAGAGAGAGAGAAGAGAGAGAGAGAGAGAAAUUGAUUUAGAGGAAGACACAAGACACACUCUUGGAGAGCGCGCAAAGGUGUAGAGAGGAGAGAAAGUGAACAGGGAGCGGGGCUUUUGUCUGUUGGUCUCCCUGGACUGAAGAGAGGGAGAAUAGAAGCCCAAGACUAUUAAGAUUCUCAAAAUGGUUUACUACCCAGAACUCUUGGUCUGGGUCAGUCAAGAACCAUUUCCAAACAAGGAAAUGGAGGGAAGUCUAUCUAAGGGAAGACUUCCUGUACCAAAGGAAGUGAACCGCAAGAAGACUGAAGAGAUGAGCGCUGCCUCCCUGACUCCGCCGGGCAGCAGUGACCUCCGCUCUCCAAACAUCAGUUACCUCCACUCUUUUUAAUCGUGUAACACCUCCAUUUGUAUUGCAUAUGGUGUAUGGGUAUUGAUGAGGUCAUGGUAUCAUAUAUGGGAUAUUUUUUUCUGUGUAAAUCAUCAAGUAUAGGAAGAAAUUAUGGGACUCUAAGCCUUGCUUUAGAGAAUUUACAGUGGACAAAUAGGUAUCAUCAAACCAGUUUUUAAUCAUUCUGACUCAAGUGAAAACGCUCAGAAUUUCACACUGUGAAUCCAUGUUUACAACCCCUACAGGUGGGCCUUCAGGCCUGGUUCGCUACAACAAUGUCUUCCACAACUCAAACUCCCACUGAGCUCACACAACUGGUCCACUCCUGCCUUUUCAUUCACACAGCUCCUGACUGGUUCUUGCAGAGGCUGAGAGUCCCCUCCCUCCCCCUUUUAUUUUCAUUUAGAUGUAACAAGCCUAGUAGUUUUAUGUUCAUCGAUUGUCUGUAUAUCUCUAUAUUUUAUCCAUGUACUCUUUUGAUGUAUAGAAGUAGUUUGAAACUCAUUGUUUCCUUGUGGUAAGUGACUGAGAUGCUGCCACAGGACCUGACACACUGAUGAAUGGUGCUAUUUUGGACUUUCAACAUGCUCCUUGGCGAGGUAGCUCUGAUGGAGUUAUUUUUUAUUUCCAUGUUCUAAGAAGGUGUUGGUACUCUGUUUCCCUGAAUGUUGUUCUCUAGACUGGAUUGACUUGUUUUCCUUGUGUCUUCAGUGUGGCUUUCUUCUUCAGUGUUGUAGGUUGAGAGAAUGCUACCACGAGUGUGUGGUCUCCUUGGCCGGCCCCCAUGGAUGUGCAGCCACGGUAGCGGGAGCAAUCACAAAACUGUAAUUUACCUACCAAAUCUUUUCCUUUCUGUAGCCUCACCUGCCUGACUUAGAGAAAAAUAAGCAAUAAUUUUACAGGCAUUUUGAGGUGUCUCUUUGGAUUCUUUUUGUUUGGGUAUUUUGGGGUCGUGGGAGGUCCACUCUUUUCUAAUAAGUGCUCUGUGGAAAAAUCCACAGCACUGGCAUCUGAGUCAGAAUUUGAAAAUUAUACCUUGCCCAAAGAUUAAAUCGGAAAAUGUCUUUACAAAAUAAUAAAUGGCGGAACACCCUUUUUUUUUUUUUUUUUUUUUUUUUUUUUUAGAA